UCUACGCUUCCUCUGUUCUCCCAUGAAACCCGAAAACAUUCAUAUUAGAUACCUCUCUUCUGAUUCACAGAUAUCGGAGACUCAGAUCUGCAAUCGAAGUUCUUCGGUGAUCCAAUUUGAAGGGAGAAGAAGCAUGGACACUUUUACGGCGGAGGAUCUGUCGACGAUCGGCGGAAUCGCCACCGUGUCGCUCCUUCACUCGUUUAUUCCGACGCACUGGUUACCUUUCUCAAUCGUUGGACGCGCGCAGAAAUGGACGCUUUCCAGAACUCUCUUAGUCACUGCAUUUGGAGCAGUCCUGCAUGUUAUCUCCACUUCUCUUCUCGGUAUAACAGCAAUCACAAUGGCGAAUACCAUAGCCGGUGAAGAGACUGUUCACAAGCUUGCUUCUCUUUUGCUUGUGAUCCUCGGUGGAAGCUAUGUUGUAUUGUUUUUGGCUGGUAAAGGUGGUCACACUCAUUCUCAUAACAAACCCAUGGAGAAAAUGGCUGUUGCUGGGCUUGUCCUUGUUCCUGCGUUAUCUCCAUGUGCUACAACUCUCCCGGUUUUCCUCGCUGUUGGAAAUUCUAAGCCCAUGAUGGUUCUCGCCAUCAUAGUUUUGCUGAUCAGCACCAUAUUGGUGAUGACAUCUCUGGUGGCUCUGUCGUUCUAUGGUGCAAGCCAGCUGAAGUUUCACUGGGUGGAGCGAUACGACAAGCUUCUGGUUGGUUCGGUUCUGUGUCUGGUAGGUAUCUUAACCCUUCUCUUCCAUGAUCAUGACCACCAUGGCCACGAAGCACAUCAACUCCCCAGGAAAAUCAUUACUCUUUAGAGACGGCUUUCAAAUCUCUGUUUUGUCUGUCAUGUCUGUUUGUUGUAGAGCGGCUUAAGGUCUUCCCGGUUGUAUGUCUAUAACUAGUUGUAACGCUCUCUGUUUGCGCGUGAAAAAAACAUAUUGCAGUCUUAAUUUCAUUCAAUAGAACACCAUUGUGAAUGUGA